UUUUUGUAGCGCCCAUCGUUUAUCUACGCAACAGCUAGCCAUCACUGCAAGCGUGCACUGCCAUCUGCAUUCACCUGUGCACUUCAGCAGCGCAGCAAGCCAAGAGGGAGAGCGGCAGAGAGGAGGAACUCAGGAAGAUGAGCGGCAGCAUGGAGACGCAGGCGCGGGCGUUCGCGGACGAGGUUCGCGGCGGCCUGGAGGGGAAGAGCUGGAUGCUGGACCUCGGCCACCCGCUCCUCAACCGCAUCGCCGAGAGCUUCGUCAAGGCCGCCGGGAUCGGCGCGGUCCAAGCAGUCGCGAGGGAGUCGUACUUCAUGGCCAUCGAAGGCGAGGGAGGAUCGGUGUCUGGCGCCACCGGCUCGAGGAAACGCUCGUUCCCAGAACUCAAUGGGACGAACAGUGGUAGCAAGUCGGCUGAGGCCAUGGUGAAAAACGUGAGCAAAGAGUCGUUACAGUGGGGACUCGCGGCUGGCGUGCACUCCGGCCUGACCUACGGCCUCACGGAGGUGCGCGGGACGCACGACUGGCGGAACAGCGCCGUGGCCGGCGCCAUCACGGGCGCGGCGGUCGCGCUCACGUCGGACCGCGCGUCGCACGAGCAGGUCGUGCAGUGCGCCAUCGCCGGCGCCGCGCUCUCCACGGCCGCCAACGUGCUCUCCGGCAUAUUCUGAUUCGUCUGAGCCCGCCAGUGAUGGGAGGGUGCACUGCACCGUCAUGGGGCCAUCGUUAUGUUCCUAGUAGCCCACUUCGACGAUAAUUUGGGUUGUUGUAUCAUGGAUGCUCUAAGCUAUCUUGUAAGCGGACCGGAAGAAAUGGCUAUGGAUUCGUCAUUA